UUUAUUUUUUUCAUAAACAAACCGCUUUUCAGUUUCUGUCAGUCGGUGCAGCUCGAGCUGAGGAGUUCACUCUUAAACAACUAAAUUUAAUUAGUGUUUUUUUUUUUGUUAAAGAAGUUCAAUUUUAAAACAUUUUAUACACACGACUAGAUACUUACUGUAAUAUUUCUAGAUAUAUAUAUAUUAUAUACCGCAAACAAACAAACGAACCGACGCUGUAAGUCUCCUGUCAUCUGAGAGAAACUCGAUAUCAACCAUAGAUAUAUUGUAAUAUAACGACCUGUUUAAUUAAACAUUUUUUUUUCUUUUGUUAUUAACUAUUUGUUGUUGUUUGGACUGAAAAAAAAAAGCAAACAUCGGCUGUACUUUUAUUUAUUUUGACCAAAAGAAAAAUUCUUCCGUUUGACCCAAUUUAUUUUACGAGAGAAGGAUUCUGCGUUGCUCAAGACGGCAGUUGAGUUUUGCAAACCGGUUAUUUAAAGAAAAUAUCUUCGUUCCAUCAAAACGACAGAGUCCUACAAAGUAUAAUUUAUUUAUUUGUACCUUUUUUGACCCGGAUCGUUCCUACUUUUACUGCUUUAUUGUGGAAAAUGGCGGCGGUCGAAAUGGUGCAAAUGCUGCUGGAAGCUGCAGAAUACUUGGAAAGGAGAGAAAGAGAAGCGGAGCAUGGUUACGCAUCCAUGCUGCCGUACAAUAACAACAGUGUCAAAGAACGAGACAGUGCGAAACGGAGAAAUAAAUCCAAGAAGAAUUCCAGCAGCAGAUCAACGCACAAUGAAAUGGAGAAAAACAGACGGGCUCAUUUACGGUUGUGCUUGGAGCGUUUGAAAUCUCUCGUACCACUGGGACCAGAUUCUAAUAGGCACACCACCCUCAGCUUGCUAAUGAAAGCCAGAGUGCACAUAAAGAAACUAGAAGAAAGCGAUAAGAGAUCCCAGCACCAGUUAGACCAGUUGCAGCGUGAGCAGAGGCAUCUGAAGAGGAGACUGGAGCAGCUGGGAGUGGAGAGGAUACGGAUGGACAGCACCGGGUCCACUGUCUCAUCCGAGAAGUCGGACUCUGACCAAGAGGAGAUCGACGUGGACGUGGAUGUGGACGUGGACGUGGACGUGGAAGGCACCGACUACCUGAUGGGGGACCUGGACUGGAGCAACAGCAGCAUCAGUGACUCUGACGAGCGAGGCAGCCUGCGGAGCAGCUGCAGUGACGAGGGUUACUCCAGUGCCAGCCUCAUGAGACUAAAACUACAGCAGCUCUCCUCCGACCCCAGCAAGCCAGCAGCAACAGCAGCCGCAGCAACAGCGCUGGGCAGCAGCCUGUAAGAGAGGAUAGCCGACCAGCAAGACAACAAGCAACAACAAGCAACGAGCAUCGACCAUCACCUUCCACCGCCACACAGCUCUCCACUCUGCCCAGUCAAACACAGUCAAGCCUGCUCGCGAACGGCACAUCGAACAGGGUGGGUCCGCCUUUUGGUAUCCAGAGGCCAGUUUCUCAAAGCUAGCACUUAUUUGGACCUGUUUUCGAUAUUUUGAAGGUAGUACGAUAAGGUUGUGUAAAUUUCCACUCAGCAAGUGUAUAUUCUUUAAAGUAUAAAUGUGUUAUUUUCAGGGUUUUUUUUAAUUUUUAUUUGUAUGGAAGUGAAUUGGAUUUAGCAGACUGCUACCUAGAACUGCUUUCUGAAACUAGCCCCAGGUUGAUUUCCAAACUAGUGACGUGAGGAGGCUAGAAUCAAAGUGGUUUUCUCUCUCUCUCUCUCUCUCUCUCUCUCUCUCUCUCUCUCAUACGUGCCUCUCCUGGGAGGGCAGGGUUCGAAUCCUGCUUACCGAGUAACUGGUGACUAAGUGGAUCUGUUGGCCUCAGCUAAGGCUGAAUUUCUGCAUUUUUAACAGGCUAAACCCGUUUGUGUGUAAACGCCACUUUAAACUAUCCCAUACGUUUUUAGUGAAAAAAAAGAGUAUCUGUAUUUUCCUUUUGUACUUUUAUUUAAGGUUUUCCAAAGCUCUGUCUUGAAGUUAAAGGAUUGAUAAAAACCUAUAGAACAAACGCACUGGUGCUUUUUUGUUCUGUGUUUAUUCACGGAAACACCAACAAAGAAAAAUAUGCCCCACUUUGAUUCUAGCUUUGCUCACUAUAAAGACCAGGAUUCUCCAGGGUGGUCUCUGCAGACUGGGGGGGACCUGUCUGAACAGCUGCUCUUCGUUCAGUACAGGUUUGACUGUUUGUUAGAUUUUUUUUCUUCUGUAAAGAACAUGUGUGUCUUUUUUUUUUUUUUUUUUUUUUUUUUUUAUAAACAUUUUUAUAAUUGGUAGACCAACAUCUGCUAUUUAAAAUAUAUAUAUAUAUAUAUAUAUAUAUAUAUAUAUAUACACAAUAUAUUCUUGCUGUUAAGAACAUUUUUUUUAUUUAAAUGAAAGAGGACUGAUGUGCAGCAUUGGAAUGUGUGUCUGUGUGUCACCAAACAGAAAAAUCACUUCUAUCUCUCUCUCUCUCUCUCUCUCUCUCUGUCCUGAAGGUUGAUCUUAUCUACCGCUAUCACAAAUUCUUUUUAAAAACAUUUUUUUUUUAAUAUUAUUUAUUUUUAUUUCAUCACAUUUUGUAUUUUUUCAAAAAGGAUUUAAAAAAAAAAAAGCACAUUCCAGGUACUGGAAGCAUUUAAAUGCGUUUGUUUGUAGGUUAGUUAGUGAGCGAGAGGUUUGCCAACUCUCCUUAAAAGAAUAAGAUUGAGGAGUCAGUCAGUGUUUUUAUUUAUCGUUCGCCUUGGUAAAAACUUCACUGUUUCGACUGUAAAAUCACAAAAAAAGUAAAAUAAAGAAAAAAAUGUCAUGAAAAUAAAAUGUUCUUCGGCUGUAGCAAUAGUACACAUAGACCCAUCAGUGUGUGGUAUUUUAAUAUAAACCUAUUUUAUUAUUUCUGUUAAAUGUAGCAAACGUUAUGUAAAUAAUACAAAAAAAAUAUAUAAAAUUAUAUGUAUAGAAAGUAUUUAUAUAUGUUGUGAAAAUACAAAAAAAAAUAUUUAAGUAUAUAUUUAGAUAGUUACUUAUUGCUUAUUAAAUGCUGUUGUUUUUUGGAGUUUGAGUUAUAUAUAAUGCACAGUAUAUGUAGUUUUUAAGCAUUUUUACUUCGCUGUAGAGAGAAUUAAUUUUACAAAGCCCUCCCUGUCUGGCUUGUUUUGAUUCAAAAGAUAGCAUUAAAUAUCAGGGUGUAUAAAUCAGUGUUUUUCUAAUGGGGCAUUGCCUUAUGUGCUGUACAAAUCCUGUUUCAUUUUAAACUCUCAAAGAAAACUAACUUUAAGAUGUAGGUGGAAUUGGUUUCCGAUGAUUCACCCACGUUGAAUGAAAAUAAUUCACGCUAAAUAUAGCCGCCCUCUAAUCCCCACCAGAGAUUCAUAGACUGCUUUAUUCCCGUAACUAAACACUGCAAACUAAUACAUCACAGAGAGAUCUGUGAUUUUAUUUAGCCUGAUUCCCAUUGGCUGUAUUAAGCUGGAUGGAAUAAUUUCCCCUUUUUUUAAGGUUUUAAAGUUUUUUAUAAAUAAUAGUAUAACGAUCAGCUACUCUCCCCCUCGUCCAAGUAUCUAGAACAAGGCUUUAUAAUUUGGAUGUUUUAUGGUAAUUUUUCCUGUUUUGCAUCAUUGUUAUAAUGUGAGCGUCAUUUCUUAAACAACGUCAUAUUUAAAUACGUGUAUCGCAUCUCCUGAGGCUAAACUCUGUGCUGGUAACUUGUUUAAAGAAGCUAAUGUAGUUCCCCAUCUCCUAGAACUCUGUAAAGACUUAUUAUAUUUGCUUUACAGUAAGGUCUCCCUCUUUUCCACUGAGCGACGCAGCUGCUAAUCUCACAAUGGAUGGGGCGUGCUCUGUCUCUCCACACUUUGAUCGGUUUGCGACAGAGAUUUGCACUUCACAGAGUUGUGUCUCAUUCCUUAAAAUUGACUCUGAAGUGUGGAAUAUAUAUCAUUUUUUGUUUCUUUCUUUUAUCAUUUCUCCUAUUCUGUAUUCACCUUUAAGAUCAAACUUCAGAGAGAGAGAAGGACUGGGUGAAAAGGGCGGGCGUUUCUGUUAAAACAGUAGACUUUUAAAGAUCCAGAUUUUUUGUUUAAUAAUAAUAAUAAUAAUAAUAAUAAUAAUAAUAAUAAUAAUAAUAAUAAUAAUAAUAAUAAUAAUAAUUGUGCUAAUAUGUCCUCACCAAUCCAAAAGCAUUAGUCGAUCUGUUAAAAGCCCCUCAUUCAAUAAACUUUUAUUUUUUAAGAAAGGUUCGUAGAAGAGUAAUAUUUCUUUACAAACUUUUAUCAACGUUAUCCAACAGGUGGGGAAGUUGGGUUUUUCCAUGUAAAAAAAAAAAAAAAUUAAAGCAUUGUUUUACAAAGGAGCAUGACGAAAACAGUCAAUUACAAUGCUUUUGUUUUUCAAACUUCAAAGAUCACAAGAGGAAGUCGCCACAAAAGAGGAUUUUAUAUAUUUAAAAAAAAAAAAAACAGUGCGGUCUUUCAUCUCCUUGAUGCAGGAAAUUUUUCACACUGCAAAAAAAAAAAACACGUAUGUGAGAAACUAAAUCCAGAUUUCAAAGCAGAGAUUUUCCUGCAGCUUGAAUCUUUCCCUUCGCCCAUUUAUAGAUUCUGUAUUUGAUUGCCAUCAUUGAUUCAAAAAAAUAAUAAUAAAUAAAAUUCAAAUAAAAAAAAAAAACGUUUGCUGAGCUUCAUGGGGUCUAAACUUAUUUCAAAAUGCAUUUUCCUACCUGAAAAGUUUAUUGAAUUGGAUGUUUUCACUCGUACCACGACAAUCCCAGCACUUUUAAAAAGGCUGGAGUUUGGGGUAAGGACAUGUUGAAAUGUUGCUACCUAUAAUGUAUUUAACAAUAAUAAAAAAAGGCUGAAUUGACAGGGUUGUGAACUUGGGAGCUGGUUUCCUUGUCCAUGCUGGGAUGGGUAUAAAGCUGAAUGACACACGGCACUGAAAACCAAUGUCAGGGCAGGAGAUACAUUUUUAAGGUGACUUGUGACACACGUUCAACAUUGAAGUGUUUUUAUUUUUAUAAUUCUAUAAACUUUGUCUGUACGGAUACUCUGGUGCUAUUGUCAAUCUGCACAACAGUUCUGAACAUUUCAAAGACCUUUAUUAUUAUUAUUAUUAUUAUUAUUAUUAUUAUUAUUAUUUUUCCCUGUUCUGUUUUAACUGUGUUUGGUUCUCCUGAUCUGUAUGUACACUGUGUCCUUUGACAGCUAAUAUUUACCCCUGUCUUUUUAUAACAAGACAGGGCUGCAUAUAGGCCCCUAAUGAAGGAAUAAAAAAACAAAUGUUUGGUUUGAAUAUUUUAUUUUCAUUGUCAAGCCUUUUUUUUUCAGUUAAAUCCUUCUGUAUUAAUUUCUCUCUUUUCCUCUACAUGCGAAACUAACAGGACAAAGUUUUAGAACUUUUAUUUUUUAUUUUUGUUUGCACUGUUGUUGAUAUCGUUGUUGUUGUUGGUUGUUGUUUUUUGUAAGAGGGGAAACAUCCCUCGGUCAAUAACAGCAGCUACCUUUUAAAGAACAUGUUAUUCAUCGAUGUGGGUGUUUUUUGUUUGUGCACUAAUGUAUAGAUGGCAGUUCAAAAGCUGACUUAAAGAGAACGGGGUUGGGGGGGAUUAUAGGAAACUUUUUCUGUGAAAAUGUGGAGCAGUAAUUUAUAUAUUUGCCAGUAACAAUAAACUUGUUUACCUUACACUUCCA